AAAUGGAUCGUUCGGACAGCUCAUUUUGUAAAUCGCCAGCUGAUCAACUAUUAAAAGCAGUUCAAACAAAUGCAAUUUCAACGAUAAAAACCAUCAUUGACGAAAAUAACGAUUUAAUCAAUGAAAUUUAUCCGAAAUUUCAAAAAUCGAUCGUUCAAAUUGCAGUUUCAAAUUAUUCUAAAACCGUUUCAAAAGAAACAGUUUCUUGUUUAAUAGAACUCGGAGCCGAUCUUUAUUUAAAUGUAAGCGAUAAUAAUAAUCAACAAACCGUGCAUUUCGCCGUUUUGGGUCAAAACCCAACAAUUUUAAAAACGAUCGUAAAUAAACUUGGUAAAAAUCGGAUUAACGAUGUCACAAAAAUGAAAGAAACUGCUUUACAUUUAUUGAUACGAGAUGGUGAUGGGAAAUCAAAAGAUUUUGAGAAUUGUUUGGAUGUUUUGUUAGAAAACAACGAUGUUGAUGUUAACAAAGAAGAUAGAAAUGGGAAUACGCCUAUUUUCAUUAGCGUUCGAAAAGGUUAUAAGAACGUUGUUGCAAAAUUAUUGGGUUCAGGAAAAAGAGUUGAUGUUGAUAAUUAUAGUUAUCGAGGGAAAACUUUGAGGGAAAUCAUUUUGAGUUGGAACAUUGAAAUUAACGACCAAAAUUUUAACCGAAACCCGCAUGAAAAUUUAAUCAGUUUCAUUAAUACGAAGAAUGAAGAUGGAUUUAUAAAUUAUUUUAAUCAAAACGAAGAUAAUUUUGAUUUUAAUGACGCUAUUUUCAACAACGAGACGAUCCUUCAAAGCGUUUGUGAAAAAAAUUUAAUCAAAAUCGUCGAUUUUUUAUUAACUAAAGAAAUCGAUGUCAAUCAAAUUGGGAAUUUAAAUCGAAAAUCGCCCUUAGAGAUUGCAUCUGAAAAUGGGUUUCACGCGAUUUUUAAAAAAUUAUUACAACAACCAUCAAUAAAAAUCAACGAAAACAUCUUAAUAAAUCUAUUACAAAACGUUAUUUAUAAACCAAACGAAGAUUGCAACCACAAAGAUUGCUUAAAAUUUUUAUUGAAUCAAAACAACGUUAACAUCCCUAUUAACGUUUAUAAAGAUGGAAACACCCCGUUACAUUACGCCGUGAAAUAUUCAGAUCGCGAAACGAUUAUUAAUUUAUUAAAACGCGGAGCUUCGUUGGGAAACAAAAACGUUGAGGGUGUUAUGCCGAUCGAUGAUAUUUACGCGGGAACUUUAGAAACGCAUUUAAAUAAUUGCAUAAAAACGAAGAAUAACCCACCGUGUGAUCGUCAAAGUACAAUCGUUUCGUUUGAUUAUUCCACGUUAUUUUGUAAUUACCCCAAUGAGGGGUUAAAAAAUUACGAAAACGUUUCAUUAAUCGAUGGGAAAAAUCAAAAAAUUAUUCCGGAAAGUGAUGUAAUUUUAUCGAUAAGUAAAAAUUCGGAUUUAAAAUAUUUGCUGAAACAUCCCGUUAUUUCCGGGUUGUUGUAUUUAAAAUGGGAAAAAAUGAAACCGUUUUUUGUUAUUAAUUUCAUUUUUUAUUUAAUUUUUAUGAUGUCUUUAAUCGGAUUUAUUUUUUUUAAGGAAUAUUCAAUUUUUUAUUAUUUGUUAUCGUUUACAUUUACUGUAUUAGUUUUAAGGGAAAUUAUUGAAUUGUUUUUGGCCCCAUUAGUUUACGUUAAAGACACAGAGAAUUAUAUCGAAUUCUUUUUAAUCCUCGCAACAUUUUUAACUAUAUUUUAUAAAAAUAACGAAUCAGAUUUAUGUUAUAAACAAAUCUCCGCCAGCUCAAUCGUGUUGGGCUCUAUUGAGAUGAUGUUAUUAAUCGGGCAAUUACCACUAUUUUCGACUUAUAUCUCAGUGAUUAAAACGGUUACUUGGAAUUUUUUUAAGUUUAUAAUUUGGUCGAUAUUUUUACUUAUCGCUUUUACCCUUGGCUUUUAUAUCAUUUAUCACGAACCAAAAGAAAUCAAUAAAAAUAACUCAACAAAACAAGAAGAAACCGACUUUUUCGCCGACCCUACAUUAACUUUCAUCAAAGUAAUCGUAAUGAAAAUUGGGGAAUUGGACGCGAGUUCUUUAACAUUAGAAACUUAUUUAAGCAAAAUAUUUUUUUUAUUUUUCAUAUUUAUGGUAACAAUAACCCUUUCGAAUGUGCUUAACGGUUUAGCUGUAAGUGAUAUACAAACCAUAAAAAAUAACGCGGAAAUCGUAAGUUUAGUUGAACGAAUCGACCGGAUUGUUUAUGUAGAAAAAAUGCUUCUUGGUGAUACAUUAUUAUCAAAAAUUUUAAGAGCUUUUGUGCGCUAUUUUUGUUGUUGUAAUGAUAAUUGGACUGAUCACGAAAUCCCAACGUCGAUUGCUAAGAAAAUAUUUUUGUUUCCUUACACGUUUAAAAAUAACCAAAUUGAAAUGUUACUUUAUUAUAAAGGCGAAAUUGUUAAAGAAAAUAAACUAACUGGUUGUUAUAAAAAAUGUGAUAAAACUCGCAUGAAUUCCAAGGUAAUGAAGAGUACCAAAGAGAUUGUAUUGAAACGAUUAAAUUCGGACCGAGAAAUUGUCGAAGAACGGUUAUUAAAUGUUAAAAGAAGUAUUGAUAAAAUUGUUGAUGAAUCGAAAAAAGGGAGUGUUGAGUAUUUGGACGUUAUAAAUAAUUUGAAUGCUUUAGAAAAGAAUUUUUGUUAAUAUUUUUAUUAAAUUUAUUUUUUAAAUAUCCUGUAUUAUUCUUUUUUUAGUAGAACGUCUCUUUUUUGUUGUACAAUUUAUGUAACGUUUAAAUAAAUGUCUUAAAACUCUUGUAUGUGGGGCCUUUGUACAUCCCCACACUUUAUAAUUCAUUCAGGGGUCAGAAAACCAGCCCAAAGUUUUAAUAAACGUUAAUAUAGAA